AUUUAAUCUCGAGAGCCGCCGGCGCAUAAAUAGUUAGUAUAUGUCGUUCUGCAACAGUGGUGGUGUGGCGGAGGACGGAGGUGAAAGCGCGAUCAUGGCGGCGUCCAAUGACAGGGCGGUGGUGGAUAAAUACUUCAAUGAGAUACCUGUGGGUUACCGGUUCGUGCCGACGGACGAAGAGCUGGUGGUUCACUACCUGAAGAACAAGAUUCUGGGGAGACCCCUUCCUCGCAACAGGAUCCUCACCUGCAACAUUUACGAAUCCCAUCCCCAGAUUCUUUUUAGGAUGUACGGUACAAUAAGAGAAAGUGCAUGCUAUUUCUUCACGACAAGGGAGAAGAUGAACGCAAAUGGGUCAAGACCCAAAAGAAAAGCAGUGAAUGGGUACUGGAGGGCUAGCGGGCGUGACGAACCAGUCCGGAGUAGUAAAAACAACCAGGUCGUCGGCUCCAAGAGGACACUUAAUUACUUCGAAGGAACUCAUCAACUUAAGGGCCGCAACAAGGGCAUGAAGACAAAUUGGAUGAUGCAUGAAUAUAUUUCCACACAUCAUCCAAACUCUAUCCCUCAUCCUUCAAAUCCUUCCUCAAAGAUGAAGCUGGAUGACUACGUUUUGGUCAAGAUAUACCAUAAAGCUGGAACGACUACCCCUCCUGAGAAUGAAGACAUCAUCAAUGAUAGUAUGGAGAAUAAAGAUGAAAUGGGGAUGGUGAGUUUGCCUGAUAAGAAGCAGCAGGUGCUGGAAACAUCACCAGUGGAGCUGUGGUCCUCUUCUGAUGGAGCAGGUUUGAUGCUAGGAUCAUCACAGCUAUCAUUCCAAUAUAAUGAAAGUGAUGAUCUUCACAUCCAGCUUACCUAUUCUACUCCUACUAACCCCCCGCCGCCUCCGCCUCCGCAAACGAUGCAACAUCACCUUGAGAUUAACAGAGAGGCGGCGGAGGAACUUUUAGGCCGCCGGGGGAGCAACCACACCCGGCUGCAUGAUCACAGUUGGCCGGCAAAGACCAUUAUUUCGCCAGCUGCGGCUUCUUGCAGAUACCCAUCGGCGCCGCCCUGCUAUGAUUUUGGGAUCCCCUUCAUCUGGCAAAAUGAUCAAGGCCUGCCUCCACUUCCGCCAUCAUCAUAUCAUAACCCAUUACUCCUGCAUCCUAGUCGCCUAGUAAUGCCCACUCGUGCUGCUUCUGCGGUGUACCCACCGGCGGCUGACGGCAGAGGUUUUCAAAACGGAGGCUGCCAAGGAAACCCUUUUGCUACCACCUCUUAUUACCCAAAAGAAGAUGUGUGGGAACUACAUGGUUUAGUUGCUGCUGCUAUUAAUAAUAAUAAUAAUAACAACACCAACAACAACAAUAAUAGUAAUAAUAAUAAUAAGCCUGCAGCAGAAGGUGUGGCAGAUAUAGAUGAAGCUCCUCCUAAUUAUAAUAAACACGAGAAGUUCGUUU